AUGGAUCGCACCCGGGAGGCCGAGGUGGAGCUGAGAAGGGGCCCGAGCCCCACCAGGGCAAGCAGGAGCCCCGAGGUGGAUGGAGACAAGGCCAUGAGCCACAGCUGCUGCAUCUGUGGCAAGAGCUUUCCCUUCCAGAGCUCCCUGUCCCAGCACAUGCGCAAGCACACGGGGGAGAAGCCCUACAAAUGUCCCUACUGCGACCACAGGGCUUCCCAGAAGGGCAACCUGAAGAUCCACAUUCGCAGCCACCGCACCGGCACUCUGAUCCAGGGCCACGAGCCAGAGGCUGGUGAGAUGCGCGUGUCCGAGGGCCUGGACGGCUGCACCAGCCCCACCAAGAGCACUUCCGCCUGCAACAGGAUCCUCAACGGGGCCACCCAGGUGGACAACGGCAAGAUCCUGCUGAGGAGCAGCAAGAAGGAGGCCGAGGGGGCUGCCUGCGCCUCAGAGGAGGGCAAGGCCACAGCCCAGUGUUCCUUCUGCAAGUGCAAGUUUGAGCGCAAGAAGGACCUGGAGCAGCAUGUGCACCAGGCCCACAAGCCGUUCCGGUGCAGGCUGUGCAGCUACAUGACGCUGAGGGAGGAGUCCCUGCUGAGCCACAUCGAGAAGGACCACAUCACUGCGCAGGUGCCCAGCGGGGCCGAGGCGUACGUGGAGAACGGCAAGCCCGAGCUGACCCCCGGGGAGUUUCCCUGCGAGGUCUGCGGCCAGGCCUUCAGCCAGACCUGGUUCCUGAAGGCUCACAUGAAGAAGCACAGAGGUUCCUUCGACCACGGCUGCCACAUCUGUGGCCGAAGAUUCAAAGAGCCGUGGUUCCUCAAAAACCACAUGAAGGCACACGGCCCCAAGACUGGGAGCAAGAACAAGCCCAAGAGCGAGCUGGACCCCAUCGCCACCAUCAACAACGUGGUGCAAGAGGAGAUGAUCGUGGCUGGCCUGUCCCUCUACGAAGUCUGCACCAAGUGUGGGAACCUGUUUACAAACCUGGACAGCUUGAACGCGCACAACGCCAUCCACCGCAGGGUGGAAGCCGGCCGGACACGGGCCCCGGCCGGGGAGGGCGCGGUGCAGGGCAGCCCCCCGGACUCCCAGCAGCUCUUCCUCCAGUGCCUCAACCUGCAGCCUGCGGUGGCCAGCGCGCCUGCCCAUGGGCCGGCGGGGCGGCGUGUGGCCGAGCUGGACCCGGUCAACAGCUACCAGGCCUGGCAGCUGGCCACGCGGGGCAAGGUGGCCGAGCCAGCUGAGUACCUCAAGUACGGGGCGUGGGACGAGGCACUGGCCGGGGACGUGGCCUUCGACAAGGAGCGGCGCGAGUACAUCCUGGUGAGCCAGGAGAAGCGCAAGCGUGAGCCGGAGCCCGGCGCUCAGGGGCCCCCGCGCAAGCGGGCGGGUACGCCCGGGGACCCCAUGCCUGGGCCCCUGGACCCCAGGCCAGCUGCAAGGCCCAGCCGCCGUGCUGCCGCCCCUGCUGGCCAUGGCAAGUCCUCUGAGUGCUUCGAGUGCGGCAAGAUCUUCCGCACCUACCACCAGAUGGUGCUGCACUCCCGGGUGCACCGCCGUGCGCGCCGAGACCGUGAUGGCCCCGGGGAUCGCGGGCCCCGUGCGCGCUGUGGCUCGCUCAGCGAGGGUGACUCUGCCUCGCAGCCCAGCAGCCCGGGCUCGGCCUGUGGUGCCGUCGCUGACUCCCCAGGCUCGGGCCUGGCAGACGAGGCUGCGGAGGAGAGCGGAGAGGACAGUGCAGCUGACCCUGCACCAGGGGGAAAGCCACUCCGCUUCUGCUUUUCUGAAGAGGUGGUAUCGACUGUGCUCUCCAAUGGAGACCAGAGUCACGCGCCUGGGAGUGACGUGUCAGCCACAGGCCCCGGGGAUCCCAGAGCGGGGAGCGCAGCUUCCGUGUCCAUGCUCGAAAACAGGAGCCGAGAUGCUAACAAGAGAGCAGAGCCGCCCAGGUUUUCCGUGGACGUCAAGACACCCGCGUUUCACCCGAAGCAGGAGGUCUCCAUCUCCAGGGACACCGCAGACUUCCCUUCACAUUCGGAUCAGACUUUUCCGGAGGGAGCAGACCUGCAGCUCUUGUCCGCGAGCCCGGCUCACCCCCUGAAGGAGAAGCUGUCUGAUUUGCACACGAGGGAGCACGCUGCGGGGGGAAGGAGGGUGCCGGCCCCAGACCUGGUCCCACUAGACCUCAGCGACAGGUCGAGCCGGGACGACCCCAGCCACAAGGAACUGGCCUCGUCCCUACAGGCUGCGCUGGCCGUUCACCCGUGUCCUUACUGCAACCACAAGACGUACUACCCUGAGGUCCUGUGGAUGCACAAGCGUAUCUGGCACAGGGUCAGCUGCAACUCCAUGGCCCCCCAGUGGAUUCAGCCCAAUGGUUACAAAAGCAUCAGAAACAACUUGGUUUUCCUUGCCCGGAGCGGACGCACGGGCCCCCCGCCUGCCCUCGGGGGCAAAGAGUGCCAGCCUCUGCCCAUCGCUCGGUUCACGCGCACUCAGGUGCCAGGAGGGGCGCCGGGGCCCAAAGGCAGUCCUUCGCCCCUGGGCGUGACCCCGAAAGCCGCUAGCGUGCCGAAGAGCAAGGAGAGCCAUUCCGGGGGCCCUUGUGCGCUUUGGGUGGCCGGCCCUGAUGGGCCCCGGCAGACCAAACCUGGCCAUGGCCCUGACCCGCACGGUGCCCCCACACAGCUGCCCCUGCCGAAGCCCAGGCAGGAGGCCAGCCCCAGACCGGGGCCCGCGGUGGGCGGCGGUGGCUUCAGCCGAAGUGCCACCCCCACGCCCUCCGUCAUUGCCCGGGCAGGCACCCAGCACCCUACCAGUAGCAGGCCAGGGGACAAGUACAUCACCCCUCCGGCGGGGGCCAGCCUUGGCCCCCCAAAUAAGCACAGUGCCCCGGACCCCCUAAAAGCCAAAUUCAGCCCCCAGCCUCAGGGUCAGCCACAGGUGAAAGGUGAUGGGGGCCCCCCUCUACCUCCCCGCGAGCCCCCCUCCAAGGCCGGCCAGGAGCUGCGGCCGCUGGCUAGCUGUGGAGCGGGCCCCAGGGGGCACGCAGCCUUGCAGGCCCAGCCCGCCCUGCACGCCAGCAAGCCCACGUCUGACGGCCACGAGAAGCGCCUGGACAUCCUCAAUAUCUUCAAGACGUACAUUCCAAAGGACUUUGCUUCUCUCUACCAGAGCUGGGGUGCCAACGGUCCUGCACUAGAGCACAGAGGGACGCUCAGGACGCAGGCCCGCCAAGGAGACUUCGUCUGCGUGGAGUGUGGGAAGCGUUUCCACCAGUCCAGCCGCCUCAGGGCCCAUACACGGGCCCACACAGUGGCGUUGGAGUCUAAUGACCUCCGAGGUGCUGAAGCCCAUGCCACCUCCGCAGACGCCCCCAAACAAGGGAGAGACCAUUCUAACCCAGAUACCGUCCUGACAGUGCCUCUAAGAAAGGGAACCUAG